AUGGACGAGAUUAGAAUCCUGCGGAUCUGCAAAUCGAAUUUUAAAGAAGAGGAGGUUUGCAGUGGCAAGGUUUUACUCUUCCGGUCCGUCGGCAAGGUCGAUCAGAUGCCAUCUUGCCGGAGGGAUGGAACGGAAAAGAGUCUGCAGGACAUCGUCACCCUGCUAAAAGAAUUGAAUCCAGAUGACGUGCCCACAUUCGUGGCGAAGGAGCUACACAAGCUCCCCCCCGUCACUUUCGAUCACGUCGAUGUCACCAGGUUGCUCAAGGACAUCAACUGCCUAAAAGCAAAUCUGGCCGAUGCAGUGAACACGUUGGAGGAAUCAAACAACACCAUCGGUGAGUUGCGAGCCCAACUGGAGUCAUUAAGUAGCGCCGCCUGUACAUCAUCAUCUUGUAGGUCACUCGAGGCCUCCAACGUGAACAAACGUCGCAGGGGGAAACAUAAUGCAUCCGUGGGAAGUUUAGAGUCGGCGCAUACGAGCGCGAAGCCCCGCGCCGUGCCCCCGUCACCCGCCUCUCCGCUACACCGGAGAAGUCACGCGACUGCGCGCUAA